UGUCCUCAGGGGGGACAGGUGGACUUGUUCUCACUCUGUCUGGCGGGUAAUUAGCUGAUUAGGGGCGGGUCAGGGAGGCCGCAGCCAAUCAGCGCUCAGCGCGGCCGGCGSGCGCAGGACGCGCACCUCUGCGGUUCCCGCUGCGCUCAUGGAGAGGUGCAGCUUCAGGAUGGAGGAGAUCCCAGCCUCUGGUCUGUCCUGACUGAACAUUUGGGGAGUUCURCUCGGUUCGGCUCGGUUCGGCUCAGAAAGGAGACCGGAGGGGUCAGAGUCUGCACAGGUGCGCACCUUUCCCUCCACCUGCAGCUGCAGCUCAGUCCCUCAUGGAGAAAUCCAAAAACUUCCGAAUCGACGCGCUGCUCGCGGAGGAGCCCCCCCGCGGCGGCAGAGACCCUUCCCCCGGUCUGAGCGGCGGCAGCCCCGCGGGCAGCCCGCCGCCCUGCCGCCGGGCGGACACCCCGUCCCCGCGGGGCGCGCAGCUGCAGCCCGGACUGCUCCCCAAACCUCCGGGGCUCCUGAGCCUCCCUCACCCGGGACUCGGCGCCAUCCCGGGUCUGUACCCGGCGCCCGUGUACCCCCUGACGGCCCUGGGGGGCCAGCACCCGGCCUUCGCCUACACCGGCUUCCCGCAGCUGACCCAGGCCUACCCGGAGCACCUGAAGGCGGCGGCCCUGGCCGGGUCUCUGCCCCUGGAGCACUGGAUCCGGGCCGGGAUCAUGAUGCCGCGGAUCCCGGACUACGGUCCUCAGACCAGUCUCUUGGGGAAAUGUCGCAGACCCAGGACGGCCUUCUCGAGCCAGCAGCUCCUGGAGCUGGAGAACCAGUUCAAACUGAACAAGUACCUGUCCAGACCCAAACGCUUCGAGGUCGCCACGUCCCUGAUGUUGACCGAGACACAG